AACCGAUUMCGCGUGCGUAUCCAGACGUGGCAACGGCAUCAUGGCUUCUUGGAACCGCUACCGGAGUCGGAUGAGAGAGCUGAAAAUGUACACAUUCGUCUUCUUGGUGUGCCUGGUGUCGGUGCUGCAGGCGGCUGUAAAGGUCUCUCCUCUCAUAGAGAAGGUCAGCGAACACAAGGACUUCAAGAAGCUUCUCCGGACCCGAACCAAUGUCCUGGUGCUCUACACUAAGUCAGCUACCUCCGGGGACUCUAAGCUGAAGCUGCUGUCUGACGUGGCCCAGGUUAUCAAAGGACAGGGCACCAUCGCUUGGGUCAACUGUGGUGAUUCAGAGGGUCGUAAACUGUGUAAGAAAGUGAAAGUGGAUCCCAGCUCUAAAAGUGGUGGCGCAGAUCUCCUGCAUUAUAAAGAUGGGACGUUCCAUACAGAGUACAACAGACCUGCUACAUACAAGUCCAUGGUGGCGUUUUUAAAAGACCCCACAGGAGCCCCUCUUUGGGAGGAGAACCCGGAAGCUAAAGAUAUUGUUCAUGUAGAAACUGAGAAAGACUUCAGGAAGCUUCUGAAGAGGGAGGAGAGGCCAAUCCUCAUGAUGUUCUAUGCCCCAUGGUGUGGUGUCUGUAAGAGGAUGCAGCCCGUAUUUCAACAGGCAGCUACAGAGACCAAGGGUACAUAUGUGCUGGCUGGGAUGAACGUGCACCCAGCCGAGUUUGAUGGCCUCAAGCAGGAGUACAAUGUCAAGGGCUACCCCACCUUCUGUUACUUUGAGAAGGGGAAGUUCCUGCACCACUAUGAAAACCACGGAGGUACAGCCAAGGACAUCGCUGACUGGAUGAAGAAUCCCCAGCCCCCCCAGCCGAAGGCCCCAGAGGUCCAAUGGUCGGAGACUGACUCCCCCGUCUUCCACCUGACUGACGACUCCUUAGAUGGGUUCCUGGAGGAACACCCAUCUGCCCUGGUCAUGUUCUAUGCCCCAUGGUGUGGCCAUUGUAAGAAGAUGAAGCCAGAGUAUGAUGAAGCUGCUGAGUACCUCAACAAAGACAAAAAUAGCCCUGGUGUUCUGGCAGCUGUGGACACCACCAUCCACAAGGCAGUGGGAGACCGCUUCAAGAUCUCCGGCUUCCCCACCGUUAAGUACUUUGAGAAGGGAGAGGAGAAGUUCACGCUACCCCACCUCAGGAGCAAGGACAAYAUCAUAGAGUUUCUACAGAACCCCCUGGCGCCCCCUCCCCCAGAGCAGUCCUGGGAAGACAAGCCGUCCAGCGUCAGCCAUCUAGGAAUGGAGGACUUCAGGGAAGCGCUGAAGAAGAAGAAGCAUGCCCUCGUCAUGUUUUACGCACCAUGGUGUCCCCACUGCAAGAACGCUGUCCCUCAUUUCACCACUGCAGCAGAUCUCUUUAAAGAGGACCGCAAGAUUGCCUAUGCUGCUGUGGACUGCACUAAAGGACAGAACCAAGAACUGUGCAAGCAGGAGGGUGUGGAGGGCUACCCCACGUUCAACCACUACAACUAUGGGAAGUUUGCAGAAAAAUACAACGGAGAACGAGGGGAGGCGGGGUUUAUAGGUUUCAUGCGCAGCCUGCGGGGGCGGGACCAGGGCAAGAGGAAGGAGGAGCUUUAAGGCAGGGUGUGAUGAGGGGGAGGAGCCUGUCGUUGCACUGUGACCCUGGACAGGGGCCUCUUAGCACUGACAUCACGUGAUGUCAUCAUGAUGUGACAUCACAGGGCGGGGACUUGAGAACCUCAGCGUUUCAGCGAAAGGCCAUUUUUUUUAUACUGAUAUUGAUCGAUCAUGUGAUCAAGUUUGUAAUAACGGGGAUUACCUACCGUGUGACCACUUAAGACCUUUUUUCUUUUCUUGAUAAAAAACAAAAGAAAACAUGAAAAUGUUGCCCAAAUACUGUGACUGCAUUUGUGAAAAGCUACACCUUAUACUGUAUCUAUGCAAUACCGGACCCUCCCAUUCAGAUCCACUCUUGUGUGGUUGGUUGGUGGGUUACCACCUACUGUACAUCACAGGGACCAUCGCUACAGUACAGUCCUACCGGUCACUACGUCCCUGUUCAUUCACCUCAAGAGGAAUACAAUCUAAGCCUACAACUGUUUGUUUCAAUAUAACUGUUUCAAUAUUUGUGUACAUACCUGUCUAUCAUGUUAGGUAUGGGUUUGUUUCAGGAUGAUAAGUAUCUAAUAGCUAAGACUGUGGCCUUUUUAAUAAAUAUGUAUGAAAGCUAAUCACUCAGGAGGCCCUGAAACAUAAAGCUCUUAGAGUCGUGUGUUGAAACCUGGUGCUUCUGGGUUCCACCUGUUUCCAAGUCGGCUAUUAGAGAGAUGACAAAUCAGACACAAACAUAAAAUGCCCAAAAUAAAUUAGAAUUAUUUUUAUGUUACUGUGCUGAACCUCCAGACGUCAAUGAUUUUACAGGAGCCUCCUGUUGUCGUAGUGAUAUUAUUUUUACUGUAGACGUGUUGGUUGUCUAGCAACAAAACCAACGCGCGCGCGACUAUGGGGCAAAACAGACGGGGUUGUUAACAACAUGUAAACUUUAUUUCGGCUUCAAUGUGUAUUGAAAACAAAUACAUUUGCACAAUGAGCAAUUGUCUCUCAAAAACAUUGUUGCAUUUGUUGGUUAGCUAGCUAG